AUGGUAACAAAACAUUACAAUGUAACCAAUGCGGUAACCAAUGCGGCAAAGCUUUCAAGGGCUCCUCAACACUCAACACACUCCACUCAUUUACUAAUACAAAGUGAUACAAGACCAUACUCUUGCCAAUAUUGUGGCAAACGUUUCCAUCAAAAAUCGGAUAUGAAGAAACAUACUUAUAAACAUACCGGGUUACAAGGGCAUUCGUCGUCCACGCCCGAAGGCAUCGAGUUAACCAAUGUAACCAAUGCGGUAACCAAUGCGGCAAAGCUUUCAAGGGCUCCUCAACACUCAACACACUCCACUCAUUUACUAAUACAAAGUGAUACAAGACCAUACUCUUGCCAAUAUUGUGGCAAACGUUUCCAUCAAAAAUCGGAUAUGAAGAAACAUACUUAUAAACAUACCGCUUCCCAUAAAUCCCUGUCACCACUGCCAUUUGCCGAAAAAGUGUAUAGCCCAACGAACUCUGUUAUAAAUAACAAGUCUCCUCGCCAUAUCAGCGUCACCGUUCCCCGCCAUUAUCAAAUUGAUUUUCGCCUAUUCCCUGAGCUUACAGCUCGGAAAAUGAGUCCAGAGCAAAUACAAUAG